AAAAGAAGCGAGCGUUCCUCUUCAGAGGAGUCGAGCACUUCACCAGAAGCGAAAAAAGCGAGGAGUGAUGAAGUAAACUCUCCUGAAGAAGUCGAGGAGCACGAGGUUGAAGACGAAAUCUUUACGGUUUUGAACAUGACCGAAGGCUUUCAUAAAGCUUUGGAGGAGAUAAAUCGAAAGCUGGAAAAGCUAGACGCUAUCCAAACAACAGUAAAUGAUGUCCAAACGUCCCUUCAAAAAUUGGAAGGGAGAAUACAGAAGCUGGAAUAUUCGCAAACAACCGCCAGCCAAGACAUUGAGAACUUGAAAGAAAGCUUAAAUAUAGCCGAGAAGCAACAGCAGAAUUCGACAGCGAGCCUAAAAUUUUACCAGGAGAAAACAGAUCUCGCUUUAACCGAUUUGCAGAAGAAAAAUGAUGAUUUAGAAACUAAGCUUAAAGAGGUACAAGACAAGAAUCUCUAUUUGGAAGCCUACUCGAGGCGGGAAAAUAUAAUUUUUGAAAAUAUUGUGCAAGAAACAGACAAAGAAGACACUGAAUUAGUUGUUCGCACCUUCCUCGAGACGGAAUUAGGAUACAAAGAUGCAAGCACCGUUGAAAUACAGAGGGUUCAUCGCUUAGGAAAGAAGAAGGAAGAAAAGCCCAGGCAAAUUAUC